CUUUACACUCAAAUCCAAGUUUCUUUUGUUUCACAUCUCAAAAUAUUUUAGUAUCUUUUUCAUUCUCAUACUUUAGUUUUUCCUCCAAUGGAAACUGGAAGCAUUACUGACUUCCUUCGGGAUAAGAAUAUUUUGGUCCUCGGCGCCACUGGCUUCCUUGCAAAAAUUUUUAUUGAGAAGAUACUAAGAGUUCAACCAAAUGUGAAGAAACUUUAUCUUCUUAUGAGAGCUACGGAUACUGAAUCUGCAACUAAACGGUUGAACAAUGAGAUUUUGCGGAAGGACUUGUUCAAAUUGCUAAAGGAAAAUCUUGGUGCAAAGUUCAAUAGCUUUGUCUUAGAAAAAUUGAGUGUAGUGCCAGGGGACAUUUCCCAAGAGGAUUUCAACUUGAAAGACUCAAAUCUACUUAAAGAGAUUUGUGAUCAAACUGAUGUCAUAGUGAAUUUAGCUGCAACAACUAACUUUGAUGAAAGAUAUGAUGUUGCAUUGGGUUUAAAUACAUUUGGAGUUAAGCAUGUCAUAAACUUCGCCAAAAAAUGUAUUAACCUAAGGGUGCUUGUCCACGUAUCAACAGCAUAUGUGUGUGGCGAGAGAGGAGGAUUGAUAAUAGAGGAUCCAAUCCAAUUGGGUGCAUCAUUAAAUGGUGUGAAAGGACUAGACAUUGAUGAGGAAAAGAAAGUAGUUGAGGAAAAGAUGAACAAGCUUCGACAAGAGGGAGCCACUGAAGAAGAUAUUAAAAUUGCUAUGAAGGACCUGGGUAUUGAAAGAGCAAAUUUAUAUGGAUGGCCAAACACGUAUGUUUUUACCAAAGCAAUGGGAGAAAUGCUUAUAGAAACUAUGAAGGAAACAUUGUCCAUUUUUAUUGUGCGUCCUACAAUGAUUACUAGCACUUACAAAGAACCUUUCCCUGGUUGGGUGGAAGGAAUAAGAACCAUAGACAGUAUAAUUGUUGCUUAUGGAAAAGGAAAAUUGACAUGCUUCCUUGCAAAUGUUAAGGCAGUUUUUGAUGUGAUACCAGCUGAUUUUGUGGUGAAUGCAAUGGUAGUUGGGAUGGUGAGUCAUGCAAAUCAACCACGUGAUAGCAUUUAUCAAUUAGGUUCAUCAAUUGCGAAUCCAAUCACAUAUCAAAAUCUCCAUGAGUAUGGUUUUAGAUAUUUUACUGCAAAACCAUGUAUUGAUAAGGAAGGAAAUCCCAUCAAAGUUGGCAAUGUUACAGUUUUGGACAACAUGGCUGCUUUCCAAAGAUAUAUGUUCAUUCGCUACAUACUUCCUCUAAAGGGGCUAAAGCUAGUGAAUGCAGCAUUUUGCCAGUAUUUUCAUGGUAUAUAUUUUGAUAUCAACAGGAAGAUCAACAUUAUCUUGCGAUUGGUUGAACUUUAUAGACCCUACUUGUUCUUUGAUGGCAUAUUUGAUAACAUGAAUGCAGAGAAGUUGCAAAUAGAAGCAAUAAAAAGUGGAGUGGAGAUGAAUUUGUUUUACUUUGAUCCAAAAAUGAUUAACUGGGAAGACUACUUCAUGAAUGUCCAUUUUCCUGGCAUCGUCAAAUAUUGCUUCAAGUGAAACAACUAUGAAAUUUGAACUUGUUUGUAUCUUAGUAUCUAGUUCUAAGUUUGGUCUUUUUACUAUUUUUACUCCUUCAACCCUUAAUUUCAAUUUCUACCCGCAAAAUUAGUAAUAUUAGUUGUGUGUUAUUAUAUUUUGAAUUUAAUUAUGAUCGGUUUUUAAUUAUGUGGUAAAUAUUUAAAGUUAAUGUCUAGUUGCUCAAAUAUAUUUACAUCAUUUA